AUCUUGCACAACACAGGGGGAGGGGCUUGUUACAAAACACCAUCGUGGCGGGAGAUGCAUCAACCAAGAAGACUCGAGAAAAGAAACACAGCUGUUCGGACCUAGCUCGCAAGCUAAGUAUUUGCGACUCCGUUUGCCUGAUUGAUUCGUAAGAACCAAAACAUCCGAACGCGUUUGUGAAAUUGCACUACAAGUUGCAGGGAAGAUUAAGGACCAUCGCUUAUACAGCUAUCCAUACACAACCACCCUUGAAAUAUUGCUAGAAAUGAAGCCAGCGGACACUGAGAAUGGUGUCCCUGUACGCCGUUCAGCAAAAGAGGGGUGCAAACCCAAGACAUUCGCCCCAGAUGAGGUAAUGGUACCUAAGCCCAGCUUCAAAGACAAUCAAGGAACAAAAAGAAAGAGAAAAGCACUUCCUUUGAAAGUGGAAGGAAGAAUUGAAAAAGUAAAAGAGAAGAAGAAAGUCGAAGAUGAAGACAAGGAUAUACAACCUGGAGGUCUAUCGACAUAUGAAUUGGAACGGUUGGAAAAUAUCAGACAAAACCAAGAGUUCCUGUCCUCCAUAAAACUACUUGAGGCCAAGAAGGAUUUGAAACCAGAAACACCACAGAGAGGUCUCAAGAGACAGAAACUAAAUAAGGUAGCCUGGACAGAAAUACUGCCUCCUCGCACCAAGUCCUUGAGAAUCCAGAAGAAAGAAGCAGAGUCACUCACCCUGCCCCCGGAACCACGCAGGAUUUAUUAUGAAGCUGAACGUAUUGAACGGGCCAGGAAGCCAGAGGGGCCCAUUAGUAUGGAGCCAGUCAACAUGGAGGAGGAUAGUUCACUACCACCUGAGCUUCUCAAGCUGUGGACAGAGGACUUAAUCAAAGAAGAAAAGGAGGAGUUGGAUCUCAAAGAGUACCGUAAUACUCUGAAGAGCAUGGAGCUGAGUGAGAUUGGAGGAGUAGCUAAGGUGGUGAAGAGUCGUAUCUUCUCUGCUGCCUUCCACCCGUGUAGCAGUUGUCUGCUCAUGGCGGCUGGGGACAAGUGGGGAGGAGUGGGGCUGUGGAACCUCGACUCUGAUAUGGGUGACGACGGCGUGCUGCUGUUUGAGCCACACGUCCGGCCGGUGGCCUGCAUGGCGUUCUCCAGGUCACAUCCUACAGACCUGUUGACCCUCAGCUACGACGGGACCCUACGGAGCACAGACGUGGAGAAAUGUGUUUUUGAUGAGGUGUAUCGGAUCAAGGAUGGCUUGAGAACCUUUGACUUCCUGUCACAUGACUGUUCGACGCUAGUCACCGGGGACUGGUAUGGAGACGUUGCCAUCGUUGACAGGCGGACUCCAGGAACCUCUCAUGAGUCCCUCCAUAGCCUGGAUACCAAGACGGUUCGCUGUGUUCACGUCCACCCUGUUCAGAAGCAGUACAUCAUGGUGGCUGAGAACAGUAUUGUGAGCAUUUACGAUGCUCGAUGUUUGAAGGCGUCGUCGAGCGAGCCAGUCUCCCAGCUCUAUGGUCACUCAAAGAGCAUCUCAAGUGCCUACUUCUCUCCUGGCACUGGUAACAGAGUAGUGACCACCUGCCUAGACGACAACAUCAGGAUUUACGACACCUCGGAACUGACCUCCAGAGCUCCGCUACUGACCUCCAUCAAACAUCAAUUGAACACGGGGCGCUGGCUGUCCAAGCUGCAGGCGGUGUGGGACCCCAAGAGGGACGACUGCUUCGUUGUGGGCAGCAUGCAGCGGCCUCGCAGAGUCCAGGUGUUCCAUGAGAGUGGGAAGCUCCAGCACUCCUUCCAGGACCCAGAGAUCACCACGGUGCUCUCCGUCACAGCCUUCCACCCCACCAGGAACGCUCUACUGGGGGGUAACGCCUCCGGACGACUGUACGUCUUCACCGACUGAGAGGAGGAACCUGGGCCAGUGUUCACAAAGCAUCUCAGAGUAAGAGGGCUGAUCUAGGAUCAGGUACCCACCCUCUUAUUCAUUAUGAUUUAAAAGGCUCUCCUACUCUAAAAUGCUUUAUCAAUACGGGCCCAUAACACAUGCUUAGAAUAGACCAAAAUAAGUUGGUAUUUUUUUAUUUUAAUUUUUUUGUAUGUUUAUCUGCAAGCUGCCUUUGCUAUUGUUGCACAUUGUUUUCUAUCAAUUUGUUGAUGUGUAGUUAGUUUAAAUAAAGUUUAUAUAUUUAGCUGAAGUUUAGUUUUUCAUGUAGUUUAUUACCUUUCAUUGGCUCUAUUGUGCCAGCAGCGAAUUUUGUGAUUGAUGGUUUUAUUCAAGUAAAAUCGACCAGAAUUCAGUUGCUACAGCCCUACAAUCGAAACCAACAUG